GGGGGGAGAGAUAAGUGAGAUGAGGACCGAGAAGGCCGAAGAGAGCCCCCCAAUCCCGCGCCGAGGCGGCGGCGGCGGCGGCGGCGGCGCGACGAUGAGGAUGAUGAAUACAUUGCAAAGUUUUUUUGGCCCCGGCGAGGGGUGUCAGAUUGAGUGCUCUGUGCGCAUGUGCGAAGGUGUCCAAACUGACAAUGCUGGGGAGAUGAAGAUAGUGUGUAGCUGCUUCUGGACUCAAGGAGGAGGAGAGAGAUUCCGCGAGCCGACACCAUGCGAUCCAAGGCGAGGGCGAGGAAGCUAGCCAAAAGUGACGGUGACGUUGUAAAUAACAUGUAUGAGCCCGACCCGGAUCUGCUGGCCGGCCACAGUGCUGAGGACGAGACUGAGGACAGUGUCAUGUCACCCGUCCCCACCAGCGAGGACUUCACCCCCAAAGAGGGCUCGCCCUACGAGGCCCCGGUCUACAUUCCUGAAGACAUUCCGGUCCCACCAGACUUCGAGCUCCGAGAGUCCUCCAUCCCCGGGGCUGGCCUGGGCAUCUGGGCCCGGCGGAAGCUGGAGGUCGGGGAGCGGUUUGGCCCCUUCCUGGUGGCGCCGCGGGCCGCGCUGAAGGAGACAGACUUCGGAUGGGAGCAAAUACUGACCGAUGCGGACGUGUCCCAGGAGGGCUGCAUCAAAAAGAUCUCUGAAGACCUGGGCAGUGAGAAGUUCUGCGUGGAUGCUACCCAGCCGGGCGCCGGCAGCUGGCUCAAGUACAUCCGAGUGGCAUGUUCCUGUGAUGACCAAAACCUCGCCAUGUGUCAGAUCAAUGAGCAGAUUUACUAUAAAGUCAUUAAGGACGUCGAGCCGGGCGAGGAGCUGCUGGUGCACGUGAAGGACGGCAUCUACCCGCUAGGCGCCGUGCCGCCCAGUCUGGACGAAGAGCCCACGUUCCGCUGUGCUGAGUGUGACGAGCUCUUCCAGUCCAAGGUGGACCUGCGGCGCCACAAGAAGUACGCGUGCGGCUCAGUGGGGGCCGCGCUCUAUGAGGGCCUGGCGGAGGAGCUCAAGCCCGAGGGCCUGGGCAGCGGGGGCGGCAGCGGCCAGUCCCACGAGUGCAAGGACUGCGAGCGGAUGUUCCCAAACAAGUACAGCUUGGAGCAGCACAUGGUGGUCCACACAGAGGAGCGCGAGUACAAGUGUGACCAGUGUCCCAAGGCCUUCAACUGGAAGUCCAACCUCAUCCGCCACCAGAUGUCCCAUGACAGCGGCAAGCGCUUCGAGUGUGAAAACUGUGUGAAGGUGUUCACGGACCCCAGCAACCUGCAGCGGCACAUUCGCUCGCAGCACGUGGGCGCGCGGGCCCAUGCCUGCCCAGACUGCGGGAAGACCUUCGCCACGUCCUCCGGCCUGAAGCAGCACAAGCACAUCCACAGCACGGUCAAGCCCUUCAUAUGCGAGGUCUGCCACAAGUCCUACACACAGUUCUCCAACCUGUGCCGGCACAAGCGGAUGCACGCCGACUGCCGCACGCAGAUCAAGUGCAAGGACUGCGGGCAGAUGUUCAGCACCACCUCCUCGCUCAACAAGCACCGGCGCUUCUGCGAGGGCAAGAGCCAGUAUGCGCCGGGCGGCAUCUUCGCGCCGGGCCUGCCCUUGACCCCUGGCCCCGUGCUGGACAAGGCAAAGCCCUCCCCCGGCCUCAACCACUCUGGCCUGGGCUUCGGCGACUACUUCCCCUCCCGGCCGCACCCGGGCAGCCUGCCCUUCUCCACGGCGCCACCGGCGUUCCCUGCACUCACGCCCGGCUUCCCGGGCAUCUUCCCCCCAUCCUUGUACCCCCGGCCGCCUCUGCUACCUCCCACGCCGCUGCUCAAGAGCCCCCUGAACCACACGCAGGACGCCAAGCUCCCCAGCCCCCUGGGCACCCCCGCCCUGCCCCUCGUCUCCGCCGUCAGCAGCAGCCAGGGCGCCACGGCCGCCGCGGGGCCGGGGACGGACUUCGAGGGCCGCCUGGAGGACCCGUGCGUCGCGAAGCUCAAGACACGGGGCAGCGACGUGUCGGACGGCAGCGACUUUGAGGAUGUCAACACCACGACGGGGACCGACCUGGACACGACCACGGGGACAGGCUCGGACCUGGACAGCGACGUGGACAGCAACCCCGACAAGGCCAAGGGCGAGAGCAAGCCGGCCGAGGGCAGGCCCGAGUUUGGGGGCGGCGCGGCACCCCCGGGCCCCCCGAGCAGCGUGGCCGAGGUGCCUGUCUUCUACUCCCAGCACUCGUUCUUCCUGCCCCCCGACGAGCAGCUGCUGACCUCGUCAGGCGCCGCCGGCGACUCCAUCAAGGCCAUCGCGUCCAUCGCUGAGAAGUACUUCGGGCCUGGCUUCAUGGGCAUGCCGGAGAAGAAGCUGGGCUCGCUGCCCUACCACUCCGUGUUCCCCUUCCAGCUGCUGCCCAACUUCCCCCACGCCCUCUACCCCUUCACGGACCGCGCCCUCGCCCACAACCUGCUGGUCAAGGCUGAGCCACAGUCGCCCCGGGACGCCCUCAAGGUGGGCGGCCCCAGCGCCGAGUGCCCCUUCGAUCUCACCACCAAGCCAAAGGAGGCGAGGCCCGUCCUGCCCGCGCCCAAGGGCGCCCUGGCCCCCGUGCCCGGCGAGGAGCAGCCGCUGGACCUGAGCAUCGGCAGCCGGGUGCGCGCCAGCCAGAACGGGGGCGGGCGGGAGCCCCGGAAGAACCACGUCUACGGCGAGCGGAAGCUGGGGCCCGGUGAGGGGCUGCCCAAGGUGUGCCCGGCGCACGUGCCCCAGCAGCCCUCGCUGCACUACGCCAAGCCCUCCCCCUUCUUCAUGGACCCCAUCUACAGCAGGGUAGAAAAGCGGAAGGUGACAGACCCCGCGGGAGUCCUGAAGGAGAAGUGCCUGCGGCCGUCCCCACUGCUGUUCCACCCCCAGAUGUCCGCCAUCGAAACCAUGACGGAGAAGCUGGAGAGCUUCACAGCCAUGAAGGCUGCCGCGGGCAGCUCCCUGCAGCCCCUCCCCCACCAUCCCUUCAACUUCCGGUCCCCGCCCCCGACGCUCUCGGACCCCAUCCUCAGGAAGGGCAAGGAGCGGUACACCUGCAGGUACUGUGGGAAGAUCUUCCCCAGAUCAGCGAACCUCACGAGACACCUGAGAACACACACCGGGGAGCAGCCGUACAGGUGCAAGUACUGUGACCGCUCCUUCAGCAUCUCCUCCAACCUGCAGCGGCACGUCCGGAACAUCCACAACAAGGAGAAGCCUUUCAAGUGCCACCUGUGCAACAGGUGCUUUGGGCAGCAGACCAACCUGGACAGGCACCUCAAGAAGCACGAGCACGAGAACGUGCCAGUGAGCCAGCACACCGGGGUCCUCACCAACCACCUGGGCACCAGCGCCUCCUCCCCCACCUCCGAGUCGGACAACCACGCACUUUUAGACGAGAAGGAAGACUCCUAUUUCUCUGAAAUCAGGAACUUUAUUGCCAAUAGUGAGAUGAACCAAGUGUCAUCGCGAACAGACAAACGGCCGGACGUCCAGGACCUGGAUGGCAACGCCCCGUGUCCGAGCUUGGCCAGUGGGAAGCCCCAGGAUGCGGAGGAGGAGGAGGAGGAUGACUUGGAGGAGGACGAUGAGGACAGCCUGGCCGGGAAGUCGCAGGACGACACCGUGUCCCCCGCGCCCGAGCCCCAGGCCACCUAUGAGGAUGAGGAGGACGAGGAGCCACCCGCCUCCCUGGCCAUGGGCUUUGACCACACCCGGAGGUUUAUUGAGGAGCAAGAAGGCGGUCUGUUAGCUUUGGAGCCGAUGCCGACCUUUGGGAAGGGGCUGGACCUCCGCAGAGCAGCUGAGGAAGCAUUUGAAGUUAAAGAUGUGCUUAAUUCCACCUUAGACUCUGAGACUUUAAAACAGUCUCUGUGCAGGCAGGCUAAGAACCAGGCGUACGCAAUGAUGCUGUCUCUUGCUGAGGACGCUCCUGUCCACACCCCGGCCCAGGGCUCUCUGGACGCCUGGCUGAGCCUCACGGGGGCCACGGCGGAGCCCAGAGCCUUUAACCCCAUCAACCACCUCUGACGGCCGGGAGGCCCUGGGGUCAGAGUCCAGAGCGAGGGCACCAGCUUGGACGGCAGCGGCCAGGCCGGCCAGAGCCCCGCGCACCUGCCCGGGCCCACUCCUCGGCCUCCACGCCCCACCCCCGCAGCUCAGUUCUGACUCUUCCAGCGAAAACUCAGACCCGAAAGUUCCGGAAGCAGCUGCAGAGCUUCACCGUCACCUGGGACGGUCCUGAGAACACUGCUCGGUCGGUCCAGCUCACGCCGUCCGGGACCACCCUCAGAAGCGGCCACGCAGAACCAGCCCGGCGGGCGAGCGGGACCUUGACCCCAAUGGGAAGCGGAAGGCAGCGGAUGGACGCGGAGUGCUCCAGAGAGAAGGAUCUCGCCAGUGAUUUUUAUAACGAAAAUGGCAAGAAUAACCUUUUUGGUAACCUUAUUGACUACAGAGUCUAUUUAAGCAUGUGGUUUUAAAAAUAGACAGUAUUUUUUAAAAAUCAAAAAAAUGACUUGCAAAUUGUUUUUUAAAAGUAAUUUUGCAUUGCUUUGAAAUUUCAGCUUAUUUGCAAACCCAAGUCUGCCUAGGAGCCAGCACUGUGCUUGGGUGUGUUCUUUAUACUGUAGAUAACGGAGAAAUUUUCUAUCUCUGACCUGUUUGUAUAAGCCAAGGUGAUCCCAGAGGCAGAGCAAGGGGCCUGGGGCCGCUGCUGUGAGCAGUGUGCGGACUCUACCAGGAAUUCGGAGACCCGGUGGCCUGAGCUGCAGGCUCGUCCGGCAGGGGCUGGAGGCAGGUGGCGUUCGUGCUGGGGGUCCCCACGUGGCCUCCAGAGGAGACCACAGGCCCCCACCCGAAACCCUCCAAUUGUAUGGGGAAGUCGGGGCCGUGGCGCCCGCCCUCCACACAAGGGUGUGGCUGGGCCCUCCUCUUCCCACCAUCCUGGGCCUGUGCCUCGGUCACCCCCAAGCUGGCCCUUCCGAAGGCAGGGCCCGGCCACGUCCUGGGGCUCCAGCCUCCCACCCGCGGCUGCCCCGGGGACCCUCCCCGGUCCACCGCUCCAGGCCGCCGAGCUCCGCCUGUGCCUGAGACUCCAGACCGCGACGCCAGCGCCACGUCCGCCCUCCGCGCAGGUUGUCGGGAGCUCACGCGCAGAUGGGCGUCCAGGGGACCCGCCGGGAAGAGCAGAGACAGACAGCGCGGCCCUGGCGACUGGCGCCUCCUUCCCGGGACACAUCUGCCUCUCCGUCCGGACAGGCUUUAAGUUAUUCCCAUAGGGGCCAAUUUCAAAUGAUAAUUUUUUUCCCUGAUGGAAUUUACCUUAAUCUGUAUAUACCUUGUAAUUUUUUCUAAUUCGUUUCUUUUCUUAUUUUAUUUCUUCUUUAACAGUAUUUUUGGCAUUAGACAUUCUUAUUGUGAAGAAAUAAUGUUAAUAUAAGUAUCUAGUGAAGGACCAAAACCGCGUGAUAAGGUCGUGUGUCGUGUGGCCGCUGUCCAGGGAGUGGGGCGGUUUCUGAUGUGCCAAAUACCCCGCCCGCCCCGGGAAUCCUGCUGUCUCUGCUGCCAUUUUCCAGACAAUCAUGUGUUUUUGUUAAAUUUGCGUUUCAGUUGCAUUUAAGACAAGUGUUCUAUUUAUUUCUUUUAUUGUUUGGAAGAAAAGAUGAUAAUAGUGUCCCAACAUGAAGAGAAAAAAUUGCCUAAGUUGCCCUUUGAAAAAAGAAAAAAAAAAAAAGAGCAGAAAUCCAAACAGGGAUGGCGCGAGCCACGUUGGUGUGGAUCUGUGUCCCGCUGUGGACGUCUCCACAGUGUCUGUCCCUGGGGCCACCGGAAGUGUCCAAACGGGCGGGUUCCGUGCCCAUCCCAGCCGCUCCAGGCCAAAGACAAUCGUCUCUGUAGGUGCGGGGCGUCCCGGCUCACCCCGGAGACCCGCGACGGAAGUUCCUGCAGGUCCUGCAAGCCCCCGGCUCCAGCGGAAGGACCCACGCUGGCCACGUCCGCACAGGGCGGAAGGACGGGGACUGCCUGCACGUGCACUGAGGCCACGCGUGGACUGGAAGGACACCCUCGGACGGCCGGGGGAGCUGUGUGCGGGGAGAGGGCCUGGGCCACGUCGGUAAGGGUUUAGGAUUUGCAAACACAACUGCUGGAUCCUCCGCGAGCAUCCGUGAUGUUCCUGGGUCAGACCCACCAGGAUCGCGUAGGAAUUUCCCACUUCCCCUUGACCUAGACGGGAUUCUUGUAAAAAUUCAGCCUCAGAUAUAAACACCCCAUUUCUGUAAACCCAAAUUAUAUGAUUUCUUCUUCGAAAGAG